CCAACCUUUCACUCAUCUCUCCUCUUCGCCGCCUCUCGACCUACCUCUCAACAUACGCUGCACCAUGGCCGACCAAGAAAUGCAAAACCCACACCACGAAGAAGAGGAGGAGGAGCAGGAAGAAGACAAUGUCAUGCUAGACCCCGAUGAGGCAGAAGAGGUGGUAGAACAAGGCGACGAUGCGGCAAUGGACUCGGGCGACGACGACGAGGACGACAAUAUGCAAACGGAAGAGAUCCAACUACAAAACGACAGCUCAGCACACUUCGACCACCACAAGGACAGCAUUUUCUGCAUCGCCCAACAUCCCACCCGACCAGAGCUGGUCGCAACAGGAGCUGGAGAUGAUGUCGCUUAUAUAUGGGACUGCACACCUCCGGAUGGUCCUCUGCUACCGGCAAGUUACGAGACGGACCCUCAACCGAGAGAGAGAAAAGGGCAAGAGAUUGUAGCAACACUAGACGGACAAGACGAAAGUGUCAAUGCGAUCUGCUUCACCCUGCCGAAAGGUGACUACGUCGCAACGGCAACUCUCGCGGGCAAACUUAGCGUCUACACAACACCUACACCCACGACUCCCAGCCGUCUCGUCGGCACAUCCAAAGAAGUCGAAGAAAUCAACUGGAUGCUGCCCUGCCCGAGCUCCACCUACGCCAACACCAUCGCUUUCGGGGCCACCGACGGCAGCGUCUGGGUCUACACCAUCAACGCCGCAGACGCUUCUCCCUUGACAAUCGUCCAGACUUUCUUCCUCCACCAAUCGCCCUGCACAGCCGGUGCAUGGACACCCGAUGGCAAACUCCUGGCGACGGUCGAUGAAGAAGGCAGCCUCUACGUCUGGGACGUCUUCGGCGAAGCCGCAGCAGCAGGCAUCACCGACCCUCAAGGCGGACAAGCCGUCAUCGCUCUCACCGCUGCAGACGAGCGUUUCAAAGUCGAAGGAGGACUCUACAGCGCAGCGGUAUCACCAGGCGGAGGCCUCGUAGCAGUCGGUGGAGCAGGCGGGAAUGUUCGCAUCGUCGGACUACCACGACUCUCCGGCCCAAGCGCCGCCGCAGUAGGAGGGACAUCCAAAGGUGGAGCCGGGGCUCGAGGCAAAAUCCUAGCGAGUCUACAAGCACAAGGCGAUGGCGUGGAGACGUUGGACUUUGCUCAGCCGCCGUUGACAUUACUCGCCGCGGGAAGUGUCGACGGCUCGAUCGCACUAUUCGACGCGGCGCAUAAUUUCGCUGUGAGGAGACUCAUCAAAGAAGCGCAUGAAGAGGAAGCGGUGAUCAAAGUGGAGUUUGUGAAGACGCCGCUUGGGACGGUGAAUGAGAAAGGGUGGACGCUGACGAGUGCGGGGAAUGAUGGCGUUGUGAGGAGAUGGGAUGUGAGAGGCGGUACGGCGGCGGCGGGACAGGGUUUUAUUGGGGAGUGGAAGGGUCAUAGGGGUGGUGGAGAGGGAGGUGGGAUUCUGGGCUUUGUGCAAGGUGGUGGUGGGAGGAGGGUUGUUACCGCGGGUGAUGAUGGGGUUGGGUUGGUGUUUGAUAUGGAGAGGUCGUAG